AUGGCUCGAAAUUCGAGAAAACGACAAAUAGUCUCGGAAAAUGUGAGUUAAAAUCAAAGAAAAACUGAAAAAAUAAUGAUUUUCAGGCAACUAACUGGUUUGAUUUACCAUUGGAGAUGAGAGAAAGUGUGAUAAAUGAGAUGGAUGUGAAAACACGGUGUAAAUUCUGGCAAUGUUCAAAACAAUGUGAAGAUGAAGUGAAAAACAUGAAGGAGUUUUACAUAAACAUUUUGAUUGGUCGAAAUAGAUAUCCUGAAUUAUCGAUUGGAUAUUCUAAAUCAGAUUUGCAUUAUUGUAUGGAAUUUCAUGAAAUCGAUAAUUUGGGUGAGAAACAAUCCAUCGUGGUUUAUAAAACGUGAGUUUUUUCUAUUAGAAUAUUUCGAAAAAUUAGUUUUUUUCAGAGUUUCCCGACAUUCUUCGAAAAAAGAUGACGGGAAUCGAAAGUUAGAAGUGAAAUGGAUGAAAAUCGAAAAAGGAAGUGCGAAAAAUGUUCGGAUGAGAUAUUUGAAUGGGAUUUCGAUGAAAUAUCAGCACAGAAUUGUGAAAAUUGAGAUUGAUGUGGGUUGAGUACACAGGAACAUCUGGAAUAUACUAAAUCUUCAUUUUCAGGAUGCUCGAUUUGUUUCUAUUGUAGAAAUGUCACCAAAAAUGGAAGAAAUGCGAAAUUUGACAAGAAUUGAAGUAACUCAGGUGGAUGUUCGAAAAUAUGGAUUAAUGGAUUUGCCAUUUAUCAUUCGAACUGAUCAUUGUGUUUUGCUAGAAACUGAAUUCACUUUUGAAGAAGUUUUAUAAUUUCAAGGCGGUUUUUAUCAAAUCAAAUCCUAUGAUUUUGAUGAUGAUAAUGUUGUAGAAUAUCUAAAGAUGUGGAAAAAUGGAGAACUUCCGAGAAAUUUGAAAUAUCUUAGUGCUGAUUGCGAUGUUUAUGAUAUUCCUGUGGAUUUUAAAAGAGUCGCGAAGAGUGUGAAAGCUUUUGAUUACUAUGAACAAGAUAAUUUGUGAGUUUAAUUAAUUUUUUGUCAGAGAAAAUCAAUAUCUUUGCAGAUGCGGAUUUCGUUUUCUUCUGAACUACGAGCGAGAAUCGAAAUGUUUUUGUGAUGUUCGAUAUUCUUCGUUUGAUUUCACUGUUUCAAUCGAGACAUUGUUUUAUGACAAAGUUAUGGAAAAACCGCCAAAUUUUAUUGAUUGA